AUGGGAAUGUCGCGAAGUAAACCCAGGUUGCUCUUUGUCCCAGUUCUACUAAGUAUUUCCCUGGGGGAUUCCUUGCCCGCUGGAGCUUUGGUCGACCCUAACAAAGAGGAAGUGCAGCCGAAUCCCGAGGAAUUGGGUCCCUACUUUGAAGGUGAUAUGUCGAUCCCAUUGAGAUACAGGAACGGCAUUUUAGAGCUGAGCUCCCGCUGGCCGGGAGGGGUUGUGCCCUACGUGAUCGAAGGUUCGUUCACGGAUCAGGAGUUAAGACAAAUAAAUAAUGCGAUUCAGGAAUACCACACAAGGACCUGUGUGCGUUUUAGGCUCAGGACCAGCGAGGACGAUUUUAUCUCCAUUGGAAGUGAAAACUCUGGUUGUUGGAGCGCUGUCGGUCGAUUGGGCGGCCGCCAGGAGUUGAAUCUGCAGUCGCCCAACUGCCUCCGAAAGAUCGGCACUUCCAUCCACGAGCUGAUGCACGCCCUGGGCUUUUUCCACGAGCAGAACCGCCACGAACGUGAUUCCUAUGUCCGGCUGAUAGGUGACAACGUAGUGGCUGGAAAGAUGAAGAACUUCAGGAAGUACAGCUCCAGUCAAGAGUCAGGUUUUGGCGUGGAGUACGACUACGGCAGUGUGAUGCACUACUCGGCCACCAGCUUCACCCGGAAUGGACUGCCCACCAUGGAGGCCUUGCGCGACACUUGCGAUUCCAGGAAGAUGGGCCAGCGGCUGGGUUUCUCCGCCGGCGAUGUGCGAAAGAUCAACGCCAUGUACAAGUGCCAGGUCUAGAUCAAAAUUACAUGCUCCCGAUUUGUAACACCAAAGUCGCAAAAUCAUGCGUAUCUUCAUGGAAAAUUUAACGCUUUAGGAAUAAAUAUAAGAACUGUUUAAAUAAAUAUGCUCUAAGCAUAUGCAACUCAAAUCAAACUUUCUAAAAAAUACAAACCUUAUAACUAUA